AUGCUUAGUGCAGAACAGUGUUUAUCUUCAUCAGAUCUUAAGUCUUCUGCUAAACAGAGAAUAUGUGGACGCCUCCAACUACUUCCUGUAACCCUUGUAACUCAGAAGCCAUUGUCAAGAGCAUCUAGUGUAUCUUCUCCCAUCAGUAGUUCAGACACUGACCCUACACUGGAGAAGUGCUCUCAGUAUACUACACAAAGUGUCAGCUUGCAGCACUAUCCUGUUCCGCGAGUCAGAUGCUUAUCGUUUCCAUACCAAACACUUCCAUCUUGUGGAAAAACGGUGUACUUAUAUACAUGGACUCUCCCAAAACCUGAGGUUGUAGCUAAGCUGUGUUCUUUAGAAACAACAUGUUUUAGGCACACAGAUGAGGCCAUUGGACUUUUAUUUUCGAAGCCAAUAUCUAAGAAGAAUUAUGUUUGUCGAAUUCCACUCUACCUUACACGUGGUAUGACUCGUUCACGUAUACAAUUAGUAAGCAAAAUCAUCCUAAAUGAAAUGGAAUUAGAACGUAUAAAAUCAGCUCAUUCUGUGAUAUCUGAACUAGUAACCAAUAUUGCACAUUUAUCACAUCUUGGUUAUAAACCAUCAGAUCCAGUACUUCGUGCUGCUUUUGAUAAACAAAACGGUGUGAAUGAUAUCCCUGAAUCUCUUCGUGUUACAGUUAUUGAUCGGUUUGCUGAUCUAUCAUUCACUCCUGAAAAAGCUUAUAUUUUAUCCUUGAUUACAUUAAUUCGACUCCCAGCAUGUACUAUCGAUUAUGAAGCAAUUAACGCUCUUCUGGAAUGGUCACGUUGUCGCACUUGCACAUCUUCAGCUGUUGAGGACACUAUACCACCGAACAUCAGACCUGUUCGUGGUAUUUUACCGAGUUGGCGUAUUCUACUUAGUCAAAUACCUCCAGAAGACUGGGUUGGCUUAAUGGUUAAACCUAAUCACCUGCCUGAUAGUGAUCCUGGCAUGUUUUCUAUUUCAGAACUUUGUUCAGAAACUGCAUUAAGUUAUGUCCCAACAAAUUUAGCUUUAAAAAUUUAUGAUACUAAAAAUAAGGAGGGAGUACCUCAGUUAACGUAUUUUGAUUACUAUACAAUAAAAUAUCAAAAAAUGAAGGAUAUAUCUUGUAAAAUCAAUCUUUCACUACCAUUGUUCAAAUCCUUACGACUAACACGUCAUCAGAACUCUACUCAAGUUAAUGCAGGCCUACGAAAGAAUAAAUUAUCUAAUAAACCGUCAAUUUUUCUAUCUGAUGCUUGCUUAGUACACCCACUAUCUUCAUGGAUAUGGUUUCUAGUUUCUCUGAUACCGUCAGUUCUUCAUCAGAUGUCACGAGCAUUGUUAACUGCACAAUUAUUCACAGAGUUGGAAGUUGAACUAAAGAAUCCUCAAGCAUUUUCUGAAAUUAAAAUAGAUCCACUGAUUAUGACAAAUAAUUCAUUGUCUUCUACAACUGUAUUUCUACCUGAUCGCCUAUGUGAUCCUUAUUUCAUAAAUGGAGAGCCAGUUAAAGUAAACGAUUUUGAUUUUGAAGUAGAUGAAAUGACUUCAACCGAAGAAAAAGAAAUGGAUAAUAUAGCACAAAAUGAAUGUGAAAGAAAUUCAAUAACUUGUCCUCACCCUAAUUAUCUGUUUGAGCCAACUACACUACUAGCAGCUCGUGAUGCAGUGAAUUUAGAACGUUUAGAAUUUUAUGGUGAUUCAUUUCUACAUUUUAUUGCUACACUUUGCGUUUAUGGCACUAGUCCAUUAAAUGCUGAUGAAGGAUAUUUAAGCUCAAGAAGAAGUUUACUUGUAUCAAAUGCUCGUCUUUAUAAUAUUGCUCGUGAUUUAGAAUGGUAUGAAUAUUGUACGGGUAAAAUAUUUUCUCCACCAGAUCACUUUCUACCUCCAUGCUACUCUGUUACAUCUGAGGUCUGUAAAUAUGAUUCACGCCUAUAUACACGUUUGUCUGACAAAUCGUUGGCAGAUAUGAUUGAAGCAUUGCUGGGAUGUUUCUUAUUGCAUAUUGGAUUACCAGCUGCAUUCAAUCUACUCCACUACUUUCAAAUAUGUCCUGUGGAUUGGAACACUAUAGUAAGUGAUAAAAACUAUAGAAUUGAUGCUCCUUGGCACUUCUUUUUACAAUCGAACUUGAGUCUAGAACAAAGUUAUACUAAUGAAAUCAAUCCAUCAACUCGGUUUCUAUGCAUAUCAUCAGCGUACAAUUCAUUAAACAAUUCUAAGAAUCGCAUUAGUAUUGGUGAUUUUGAAGAUUUACAUCAGAAAUUUUUUCCAUUACAAAAAAAAUUGGGUUAUUAUUUCAAAGAGAUUGAAUUACUUGCAGAAGCUGUAACACAUCAAUCAUCGUCUAGUACACAAAUUUGGGGAAAUUAUCAAAGACUGGAAUUUCUUGGAGAUUCAGUUUUGGGCCAUAUUGUUACCGAUUAUCUGUUCAGAAAUUGUUUGCAUUCAUCUCCAGGUAAACUGUCUACAACUCGAUCUGUUAUUGUAAGCAAUAACAAUUUAGCAAAUACCGUAGUUGAGCAUGAAAUUCAUCCAUAUAUUGAUUUUGGAGCUUGUGAUUUAAAAGUUUGUGUCGAUGAAAUACAGAAUAUUCAUCGCCAAACUGAUUCUAUCUCUGAACGUAUUGAGUUGUUGACAAAGAAAGUUACUCUUGGACUUAAUAUCAAGGUGUUAGCUGAUGUGUUUGAAUCGAUUCUCGGUGCUGUUUUUGUUGAUAGUAAUGGGAAUACUAAACUUUUGUCGGCAAUUAUUCUUCGAUUCUUGGGUAAAAGUAUCGAUUGCUUUAUUUCCACUUUACCGGUCCAACCUCUCAAACAACUGCAUUUACUCCAUCCUGAUUUACGAUAUCAGAGUUCAAAUAGCAUGUCAUUGAAUUCAAAUGAAUGUGUAUAUGAGUUAACUGCAUGGACUUCUGGUAAACGUGUUUGUACAACUGGUAGUACAAGAAAUGAAGCUCGUCUUCGACUUGCUGAGAAAUUAGGCAUUUCAUUCAAUGAUGAAGAAAAUAAUAAUAGUAAUGUAUCAUAA